UCAUUGCAAGGGGCAGGCCCUUCCCCUAUUGGUUCCCUAGCAAGGGCCUUUCCUUCCCACCCCAGGUUUAAGUCUCUGGCUAAGCUUGAGCCAGAGUUUUUCCUCUUCUAGAGGUUAAGCCACUGCCUAAGCUUACCCCUACCAGGGCUCUCAGCAUGUUGGCUGUGGCUGGGGCAGUGGUGCCCUUUGCCCUGAGUGCCAUGGGCUUCACUGGGGCAGGAAUUGCAGCUGGAUCCAUAGCAGCCAAGAUGAUGUCUGCUGCAGCCAUUGCCAAUGGAGGUGGAGUUGCAGCAGGAAGCCUGGUAGCCAUGUUACAGUCAGUGGGGGCUGCCGGACUCUCUAUACCAUCCACCGUCACCCUGGGCACCGUGGGAGCCAUCGUGGGGGCCUUGUUUUGAACUUAGGAGACAACACUUCUACCAGCUGAAGCCAAAGCCUAGCCAGGAGACAGUAUACCAAGAUGAACCCCAAAAUUUCCACUGGAGUCAGAGAAAGAUGAAAAUAAAGGUUAAAGGCUGGUGUGCCUGUCUUCACUUUGU